CGCACUUUCUCGUUACCAGAUGGAGAAAUUCCGGGCUCUACUUCCUGGAGCAGAGGCGAAUCCAACUCCUUGUAUCCAUCACUCUAUGAUGUUGACAGUCUAGACCAGCAAGUGACAGAACUCUUAGAUGCUUCUCUGAGUACUUCUACGAAACAGACUUACAGUUCAGCUUUGCAGUGUUUUAUUACCUUUAUGUGUAUGAAUGGCGUAGUUUGUUCUAGAACAUCAUUACCCUCUAUUACUGAGACCACACUUGUUUACUUUAUAUCUCAUUGUAAAUCAGUUCUAAAGCUGAAGUACGAAACGAUGAAACUGUAUCUAGCUGGCAUUCGUUAUUAUUACAUUGUAGCAGGUUUAGGUGAUGUAUUACAUAAUUGUCAUCGCUUGCAUUAUGUUCUUAGAGGUGUUAAAAAAUCCCAGACAAAUCAAGUUGUAAAGCGUCAACCUAUAACAGUACAGAUUUUGAAAGAGUUGGUCAUUUUGCUAGAUAACGGAGCUUUUUCUCCGUCUUUUGACUCGAUGUUAAAAUGCAUGUUCUUAUGUGCCUUUUUUGGAUUCCUUCGAUGUGGAGAAAUUACAUGUAAGAAUGCUUCUUCUGUAGAUUUUGUUAGAAUAGAAGAUGUUAGUUUUCAUGAUGGGAACAACACUUUUGUAUUAAGAUUACGGAAUUCUAAAACAGAUCCGUUCUCUAAAGGCGUAGAUAUCACAAUUUUUGAAAAUGUAUAUUUUAAACCUGUACAUAAUAUGCUUGUGUAUCUGGAAUCACGAAAGUUGUCGGCUUGUGACCAAUCUUCACCAUUGUUUAUCGAAAGUGAACACUGUUGCCUGCCCAUAACUAGAGACAAAUUCAUUCAACAUCUUAGGGAACUCUUGCGCAGAAGCAGUUUUCGUGAGCAGAACUAUUCGGGUCAUUCAUUCCGCAUCGGAGCAGCAACUACAGCGGCAGCAGCUGGCGUUGAAGAUCAUGUCAUCAAAGAACUAGGCAGAUGGUCAUCUGAUUGCUAUGUGAGAUACAUUCGUACCGAUCGUCAAAUAAUCAAAAACGCUCAAAACAACAUGUGCAAUGCGUCACCAUGUACUGUGUAAUAGACAUAGCUGGUCAUACUAAAUGCUUUACGCCAUCAAGCUUGUCAUCUUAUAGUUAGUGGAACAAUAGGAAUAUAUAUGUAUUCUAUUUGUAUUUUUUUUUUUCAUUGUUCAUCAUUGUACAACAGUGUAAUACUUUAUUACACCAUAACUAUAUGUCAAAUACUUAAUUAACCUUUUCCUUUGCUUGGGGGCUUCACUCAUUUUAUUCGCUCAUUUGGUGGUCAUUCCUUGGGGAAUUCUGCCCCCAAGGUCAAUUCUAGUGACAUUUGAAAUAGUUAUUAUAAUCUUAUAUAACAUAUAGGUAAUUUGGUUGGUUAACUAGACUAGGCUGGUGUAGCAUGUAGAUAAUUGUUUUGAACAAUCAAUAGUUUGGUAUUUAGUUUAGAUUGUAGUUGAUAUGGGUUGUCUUGCUCCUCUCAGUUUGGGCAAUGCGUCAAAUCUACGGUAUAAACCCAGAGUUUUAUGCUGCCUGCUGGGAUCAGCCCCAGGCAUUUGUCCUACUCCUGGGAUCAGCCCGGAGUUAAAUUGCCUGCAGGGAUCAGCCCUGGGCACCAUCGUUAUGCUGCUACUCCUGGGAUCAGCCCGGAGUUAAAUUGCCUACAGGGAUCAGCCCUGGGCACCAUCGUUACUCUCCUGGGAUCAGCCCAGAGUUUUAUUAUGCCUGCAGGGAUCAGCCCAGGCCACUUUGUAGUACUUCUCUGGGAUCAGCCCGGAUUUUAUUUAGCCUGUGGGAUCAGCCCCGGGCACUUUGUAGUACUUCCGAGAUCAGCUUGGAAUUGAUUAUUUUAUGUACACAGUAAUAGUGGUAGCUAGUUUUUAGAUGUUAGAGGUAGUUAUUUUGAUGGUUGAAAUGAGUAGCCCCCAAGACGCCAAAGAUAUUUUAUUGUUUAUGAUGCAGGUAUAUUUUACCAUGUAUGUACAAGUUGAUGCAAUGUAUGUAUUUGUGAUUUUCUGAUGGAGUGUUUAUGGUAUAUAAAAGUGGAACCUUAUCUUAAUCUUUAUCUUUGUUACUUGUAAGUGUAUAAAUUGAAAAUUAAUUGUAGAUUAAAUUAUUAUUUAUACACCAGUUAAUUCCUGCUGCUAUCUAUUUGUAGUAAAAUAUUCGGGUACAUACAUGUAAUUAAGACAAUGUGUUAUCAUGUAAUUUGAGACGUGUUUAGUAUCGGUAUUGAAUUGACCAAUCAGGGGAGAGCAGCCAGGGGCAUUGAUGCCUAGAGGGGGGAGUCUGGUAUUGAUACAGAUGUUUUCAGCGUGAACGCUUUGAGUUCAAGAGCUACCCGCCCACCAUCCCCAUCAACAUCCCUGGCUGUAUCUCAGGGGCUGCUCAUUUGGUGGUCAUUCCUUGGGGAAUUCUGCCCCCAAGGUCAAUUCUAGUGACAUUUGAAAUAGUUAUUAUAAUCUUAUAUAACAUAUAGGUAAUUUGGUUGGUUAACUAGACUAGGCUGGUGUAGCAUGUAGAUAAUUGUUUUGAACAAUCAAUAGUUUGGUAUUUAGUUUAGAUUGUAGUUGAUAUGGGUUGUCUUGCUCCUCUCAGUUUGGGCAAUGCGUCAAAUCUACGGUAUAAACCCAGAGUUUUAUGCUGCCUGCUGGGAUCAGCCCCAGGCAUUUGUCCUACUCCUGGGAUCAGCCCGGAGUUAAAUUGCCUGCAGGGAUCAGCCCUGGGCACCAUCGUUAUGCUGCUACUCCUGGGAUCAGCCCGGAGUUAAAUUGCCUACAGGGAUCAGCCCUGGGCACCAUCGUUACUCUCCUGGGAUCAGCCCAGAGUUUUAUUAUGCCUGCAGGGAUCAGCCCAGGCCACUUUGUAGUACUUCUCUGGGAUCAGCCCGGAUUUUAUUUAGCCUGUGGGAUCAGCCCCGGGCACUUUGUAGUACUUCCGAGAUCAGCUUGGAAUUGAUUAUUUUAUGUACACAGUAAUAGUGGUAGCUAGUUUUUAGAUGUUAGAGGUAGUUAUUUUGAUGGUUGAAAUGAGUAGCCCCCAAGACGCCAAAGAUAUUUUAUUGUUUAUGAUGCAGGUAUAUUUUACCAUGUAUGUACAAGUUGAUGCAAUGUAUGUAUUUGUGAUUUUCUGAUGGAGUGUUUAUGGUAUAUAAAAGUGGAACCUUA